AUGGGAAAUAAAUGUUCAAGAAGCAAAGUAAAGGAACCCAAACGUAAAGAUAUUGAUGAAUUAGCUGAACGUGAAAAUUUAAAAAAACAAUCUGAAGAAAUAAUUGAAGAAAAACCAGAAGAAGUUGUUGAACAAGUAGAAGAAACACAUGAAGAACCUCUUGAACAAGAAGAGGAACUCGAUGAACAGAAAAUAGAAGAAGAAGAAGAACCUGAACAAGUACCAAAAGAAGAAAUAGAUUAUGCAACUCAAGAAAAUAAAUCAUUUGAAGAAAAACAUUUAGAAGAUUUAGAAAGAUCUAAUUCAGAUAUUUAUUCAGAAUCUCAAAAAUUUGAUAAUGCUAGUGAUAAAUUAGAAACAGGAACUCAAUUAACCUUAUCUACUGAAGCCACUGGUGCCGUACAACAAAUAACUAAAUUAAGUGAACCCGCCCAUGAAGAAAGUAUAUAUUUUACUUAUAGAUCUGUAACACCUUGUGAUAUGAAUAAACUCGAUGAAACCGCUAAAGUUUUUUCAAGAAGAUGUGGAUGUGAUCUUGGUGAACGUCAUGAUGAAAAUGCAUGUAAAAUUUGUAGAAAAAUUGAUUUAUCCGAUACACCUUUAUUGAGCUAA